AUGGCAGGGAGCGGUGCUAGUCAGCAUAACCUGAGAAAAGCAAUUGGAGUGUUAAAGGACACAACAACGGUUGGAUUUGUAAAAGUGAACAGCGAUUACAAGGAACUAGAUGUCGCAAUUGUCAAGGCUACCAACCAUGUCGAACAGUUGCCCAAGGAGAAGCAUAUUCGCACUAUUUUGGAGUCUGUUUCAGCUUCAAGGCCUCGAGCUGAUGUGGCAUAUUGCAUAAAUUCCCUUGCAAAACGUCUAGCCAAAACGCAUAAUUGGGCAGUUGCCCUGAAAACUUUGAUGGUCAUACAUCGAGCAUUAAGAGAAGUUGAUGCUAGUUUCCGUGGAGAGCUUGUCAAGUACAGCAGGAGUGGUCACAUACUGAACCUCUCCCAUUUCAAGGAUGAUUCAAGCCCUGAUGCCUGGAACUACUCUACUUGGGUACGCACUUAUGCACUAUAUUUAGAGGAGCGGUUAGAAUGUCUUUCCAUGCUCAACUAUGAUAUCGAGACAGAAUGCUCUAUUGUCGGUGAAAGUAUAAAGAUAUACAUAGCAAUUAAUAUCUGUAUCCUUAAUUUGGUUGACAAGUUCUUUGAUAUGCAGCAGCGUGAUGCCAUUAGAGCACUUGAAAUUUACCGAAGAGUUGGGCCACAGGCUAAGAGUCUGUUGAAGUUUUAUGAUUUCUGUAGAAGGUCUGAUUUUGGGCGUGGCCAAAAAUUUGUUAAAAUCGAGCAGCCUCCUGCUUCAUUUGUUGUAGCAAUGGAGGAGUAUGUGAAGGCUCCCUCACCACAGUUAUUGGGUUACAAAAAUGUGGUCCACUUUGAACCUAACAAAAGAAUAGCUGGCCCUAUGCCAAAGUUGGCCUGUGAACAUAAGAAAGUAGACCUUCAUGACAAAAUUCAACGACAGCCUACAACAGCACCAAUCCAGCUAACUCACUUGGUACCUAAUCUACUUGUAGCUGAAUAUGCCCAAUCUCUUGUUCCAAUUCCAGAUCCAGUUAAUGAUCUCCUGCACUUGGACGAUUUUCACGACGGCACAGCUAAUUUGGAAGAGAGAAAUUCUUCAAUCUUCGCUAUAGUUUCCGACGAUAAUCGGAUGAAUAGUGUAAAUUCUUCUGAUCGUUCUGGUGGAUCAACAGAAUGGGAACUUGCUCUAAUGACAGCUUCCAGUUCAAAUACUGCAUUGGUGGCUCCCUUCAACAAACUAAAGCUUGAAAGCCUGUAUGCCGAUCAAAUUUCAAGAACAACAAACCAAAAUUCAAGUUAUCCAAAUCCGUUCGAGUCAGAUCAGUACACCCAUGACCCAUUUUAUGCUUCAGGUGGCAUCGAUCUGCCGGCCAAUUUGCAGAACCAAGCAAUGGGGCUUGAAAACAAUCCAUUUGGACCAACUGGUGUUUCAUCUUUUCCUGCCCAAGAUCCAUAUACAGAAUUACAUUUUCUUUCUCUCGGCUAUCUUCCUCUCCGUCUCUGCUCGCUCUUCUUCCAGCCUCUCUUGGCUGCUCUUUCAUGGUAUCAAGAGCCUCCAAUGGUGGAUCAAGAAUCUGCUACCUCCCUCCCUCCCUCAUAUUCUAUUCUCGCCGGAGCCACCAGCUCUGAGGUCAUCAUUUCGGCACCUCUAAAAUUACUCAUCUCCAACAUCAAGAAUCUCAUACCUCGCCUCUCACCACCAAAAAUUAUGCAAUCUAGAGAAUUCAAAUUCUCCAACAGUUUUCCGCAAACGACUAUGCAUGACAUCUCUCGGGCACCACUCCUCCGCCAUCCGAUGAUAAAUCACCAGCUCACGCCGGCUGGAUGCUCGUCGACAACAACUUGA